GGACAGUGGAUUGAAGUGGCUGGUCAUCAUAAGAAGGUCUGAGUCCACUGCAGCGGAAUCGGUCCGGUAGCGUUCAGUCAUCUACAUGGCAGCGCUUUUGGCGCAGCGGGUCGCUGUUGUACACGGGUUAAUCAUUGAUCGCUGACGUUACAGCGGCUGUGUGUGUGUGUGUGUGUGUGUGUGUGUGUGGACGCCGCACAGCACUGCAGUUUCUGUGUUUCAGCUCUUCUUUCUGCGCCAGACCGACUGUGUUAUUACCGCGCGUGGAUCUCGGUCAUGCCCGGUGAAGCGCGAGCGUGUCAAUGCCGCGGGAGCUGCAGCAGCACAUACGGCGAUGGAGAAGCUGUGGGAUCUUCCUCCGGCGGAGCAGAGCUCCAGUGAGCGCAGCAGCUCGCCGAGUCCCGGAGACACGCUCCCCUGGAACCUCCCCAAACACCAGCGGGUCAAGCGCUCCAGAUCCGCCUCCGGAGAGGUGCUGGACCCGGCCGAGAGGGCCGUCAUCCGCAUCGCAGGUGAGUUGCAGCACUUUUCCCUUCAUGUCCUGAUGAGCUGGAACAACAUGCAGCAGAGCUGUAGAUGUCUCUACCACAAGUAUUACACACCACGACUCUCAUAAGCCCUAGAAAACAACCCUCAGCUCCAUUUUA